AUGAAGCUGAUCUUUUCUCUGAUUCUCCUCUGGACCAUCUCCAGCACAGCUGAAGCUCUUCAGUGUCAAACCUGCACAGAUGAGACAUGUUCAAGCACAGUAUCCCAAACGUGUUCCACAGAGACGAUGUGUAUAACAGCCUCCAUUCAAGCAAUUUCAUCUGGAACUCCAGUACAGCAAAUCUACAAAGCAUGUGCUCCGUCCUCUCAGUGUCCAGCCACUGGACCUCAGACAUUUUCAGUCAACUUGGGUGGUUCAAGUGCACUUGCAUCUGCUACGUGCUGCGACACAGAUGACUGCAACUCACAAACUCUACCUUUUCCUCCUACUCCGGCAGAUAACAGCCUCCAGUGUAAUUCUUGUACAACCUCUGAAUGCACGACACCAUUACAGUGUAAGGGGACGGAGGACAUGUGCUUUCAAGCAACUUGUAAGUGA